AUGUCGGCUAGUAAGCGCCGCAAGCUAGAGGAGGGACAGGAGGCGCCACAAUCGGCCGUGAGCGCCUUAUCUGCUCGCCGGCAGCUUGCCGCCGCUGCCGUGUUGCGCGAGACAAGCUCAUCGCCUGAGGACGAGCCAAAACAACGAGUUGGUAAUCAGUUCAGCGUGCUGCAGCGUGUCGCGCAGGCAGACCGUGGCUCGCCAAAGAGCCCGAGUACACCCAAGAGCGCUGCUGCCCGUAGAGAAGGCGCGUCUAAGCGUAGUACCGACAAAGGUGUCGCGACACCAGAGAGUGGCGCUUCGACUCCCAAAGUCGUUCCGUACUCGUCUUUCCGCCUCGGUAAAAACAACCAUAGGAAACACAAAGAUGGUUACAGUGAGCUACGGUUAUCCAACAGUGAGCGCUUCAUUGUGCUUGGGAGUUUUGGCAUUAAAGUGCUGGCUGGUGAGGUUGCUAUAGUCGGUGCAACGCUCACUGCGUCCGAAACUAUUCACUGGGUCCAUGCCCCUCACUGUCACGCAUUACCUGUUAUCAGAACCUCGGAGAAGACACGUCUAGAGCUGCAUAACGAGAAUGCAGAUCGACCACUGUUCUGCCUCUCCUCGCUAUCACCGCUAUACCAACGAAUAUGGCAUAAACCUGACAGGAACUCUGAGGAGACCGAUAGCUCCAGUGAAGAUACAUUCAAGAUUGAAUUGAACUCGCCACCGGAGUGGAACAAGGCAAUUUCGGAUAUCAUAGGGUCGACAAAAGUUGAUCGGCAAACCCAGAUAUCAGCUCUGGUAUGCGGCCCCAAGGGUGCUGGCAAAUCUACCUUUUCAAAGCUGCUCACAAAUCGGCUUCUCACUACCACGGAUCGAGCCGCCACGUCACAAUCAGUCACAGGAGUCGCGGUCAUUGAUCUAGACCCUGGCCAACCCGAAUACUCCCCGGCCGGAACCGUCUCUCUGAUUCAUGUCACUAGACCCAACUUCGGCACGCCGUUUUCCCACCCCGGCUUGCAUCAAGCUGGCCACAGAGUCAUGCGCAGCCAUGCUCUGGCAUCAGUAUCGCCGGCCAUGUCCCCUUCCCUUUACACGCAAUGCGCGACGGACCUAUACGAAACAUAUCGCAGGACAUUGCGAAACUGUCCGUUACUGAUCAAUACACCUGGAUGGAUCUUGGGAACAGGCCUUGAUCUGCUGGUGGAACUUAUAACAAAAUUGAUACCCUCCCAAGUUAUAUACAUGUCGGAGGAGGGUCCCGUUGAUGUGGUUGAGGUUUUACGGUCUUCCACACGGAACGAGUUCUUAACGCUACCAUCACAGCCUUGCGAAUUCACGACCAGGACAGGCUCUCAAUUCCGUGCCAUGCAAGCCAUGUCAUACUUUCACUUGGCGGAGGUGUCUAGAGCCGGCAGUCCAUCGACCUUGAGCUGGAACCCAAGGCCACUUUCUGCUUUGCCGCCAUGGGAAGUGCGUUAUUCCUCAAAACGACGAGGAAUCAAGGGUAUUCUAUCGUACGACUAUCAGUCACCGCCCGAGCUACUUAGAGCAGCGAUUGAUGGCAUGGUGGUGGCUGUGGUCGAGGUCGAAGCCGACGAAGCGUUUCGCGACAUUAUUGCCGGUUACGACUCGGCGUCCCAGCCACCAGUCUCUACUGUGCAGAUUUCAGGAAGCAAAGAACAAACGACGGAGACACCUGCACUGAGGAUCAUAGAAUCACCCGAAGGGCUACCGAUCAUAUCUAACACCAACGACGCCACGCUAGACCCCCGUUACUCCCGCGCCAUGGGCCUGGCACUCGUGCGCGGCGUCGACACCAAGAGCAAGAAGCUGCAGCUCAUCUCGCCGAUCACGGAAACCCAAAUACACAGUACCCGCUCUCAGGGCCACGACAUCAUUCUCAUCCACGGAAAGUUCGAUGCCCCUACUUGGGCAUAUGCCGAGGACUUCUUCUUUCAACGCGCCACAGCACCGCUCGAAAACCAGAAAGAGCAAGGAGAUGUCGACGUGACGUAUGAAGGGGCCAACGAGGAGGAGUCUGGUCCGGUGCAGGACCCGGUGGAAGAGGCACAGGAUGUGCCCGCAGAUCAGGCGUCUGGCGCGUGCGGCGAGAUCUGGGCCGAAACACUGGAGAUUAGCUCGGCAGUCCGGCCGCGAUUGAAAAUGCCAGGCACGUCCGGUUCUCCCGGCAAGAACGGUCUGAUUAGCUGGACGCAGGAUGCAACUCAAUCACAGACUCUGGCGGUGCAGGGUCAGGGGUCCGUCCAACAAAAAAGUUGCGAAUUCGAGCAGAGUCAUUCCGAUUGGGUCGUCUUGACUGCUGGUCAACAAUUACCAAGCGGGUCGCGCGGUUCUCCCCGACUGAGUUUUGUUCAAUGA